AUGAGUAAUCUCAUUGUUUUGUGGAUUAGCUUUCUUUCUGCGAUUUUUCUCAUUCCCAUUUUUCUUUGUGCAGUAUUUUAUACGUUAUUGUUACCGCUUGAUAUUUUCAAAAUGCUCCGAAGUGUAUUGCGUGGGAUUUCUUUCGCAACGUCGAAACCAUCAAGAUGUCUCUUUUUAUCCUUGAGGUCCACUCAUUAUGAUAUCACCCGUAAACCCACUUCCCAAGCCGAUAAUAUGAUGGACAUCGGAACACGACCGAUUUUUACAGCUGAUCAGGAUAUUUUCCGUCAGUCAGUGCGGAAGUGGUUUCAAGAAGAAGCUCUGCCGCAUUUGGAAAAACAUGAAAAGCAAGGAGAUGUUGGGCGCGAGUUAUGGCAGAAAGCUGGUGAGCAGGGCUUUCUGGGAAUCAAUGUGCCUGAAGAUUGUGGAGGAAUGGGUGGUUCUUACUUGGAUAGCUGCAUCGUCUCUGAGGAACAAAUGUACGUGAAUCACAGUGGCAUUGGAUUUGCUUUGCAUUCCGAUAUUGUCUUGCCAUAUAUUUCGCACUACGGGUCAAAAGAGCAAAAAGAACGGUUGAUUCCGGACAUGCUCUCAGGGAAGAAGAUCGGUGCUAUUGCUAUGACCGAACCCGGCGCGGGAAGUAUUAUAGUCGAAUUUGACGGGACCGGCAAAAAAUGCGACUUGGAGAGGUUUCAAGUUAGGCAGCGAUUUGCAGGGAGUUCGCACCAACGCAAAGCAGGAUGGCAGCCUGACCUAGGACUUACCGUCGUUUUGCAAGUAGUGGUUGCCGACCGAGUCGCUGCAGCACUAGCAUCAACGUCAGUGCCUAAGCUCAGUCUUUUCGUUCCGAGUGCCUCAGAGAAAGAUCACCAGGAAGGCAUGAAGGGAUUCAGGAAAGGAAAGAAAUUGCAGAAGAUGGGGCUCAAGGCCCAGGAUACAGCCGAGUUGUUUUUCGAAGACGUCCGGCUCCCUGCGUCUGCCCUGUUGGGUAAACCCAAUAAUGGAUUUUACUACCUCAUGAAUGAGUUGCCUCAAGAGAGACUGUUGAUUGCACAAAUGUGUACUGCGACGCUCGAAUGGAUGUUCGAGACGACCAGGACGUAUUGCAAAGAAAGGAAGGCCUUCGGGAAAAAUUUGAUCAACCUUCAGACGAUUCAGCACAAACUUGCGGAAAUCAAAACAGAUGUGGUCGUUGCCAGAGCAUUUGUCGAUCAGUGCUUGGAACUGCAUAAUCGCAAAGCGUUGGAUGGAGCUAUGGCUUCAAUGGCCAAAUUCUGGAUAUCAGAUUUGCUGAACAAGCGAGCUUACGACUGUGUACAACUCCACGGAGGCUGGGGAUACAUGUGGGAGUAUCCCAUUUGCAAGGCUUACGUAGAUGCCCGCGUCCAGUCCAUUUAUGGAGGAACGAACGAGAUCAUGAAAGAACUAAUUGCCAGGACCAUAAUGGCGUGAUCCUUCAAACACCCGAAUGCGUCUAGCAUGAGUGAAAAAAAAGACAUUCACAUUUUGUGUAUUCAAAAUUUAAAUUUUGCUGAGUUUGUCCUUGGCUCGAGAGUAUUUUUGUUGUUUGUUCGUUCGUUUUUGCUCCUGUGUUCUCUUCGGGAAGAGUAUUUUUUCAUAUCGCUGCACCUUUUUUUUUCAGUCGGACAAAGUCCUUGAUAUUUAGCAAUUAAACACAUUUUACUCUUCUGUGUUCUGGACGUUAGUCAUAUGUCUUGAAAGAAUGCACUAUGUUUUUUGAAUGCAACUAACGAAGUUUUCAUUUCUCGAAGCUGUGGUCAAUAUCGAGAAUUCCUCAAAUGAACACAGGUGUGUUCUUCUAAGCCCUUCUAACUGAACAAUUUUUCUUGUAAAUUCUAGUUUCACCGUUUGUUUAAAAAUACANUUUGAAGGUUCUUCACGUUUCUGCGUCUAUUGCAGUUUUAACCUUUCCUCUGUUCAUGCUUGUUGAAUUACUUCAUUCCUAACGCAGCCCA